ACAGUCAUGGCUCAACUUCUGCUAUUGUUGGUGGUGGGGUGCUCAGCUGCCCUCCCAGAGACUCCGGUGGGCAACAGUGAGGGAUUUGACUUAACAGCAAAUGUCAUCUUCAAUCAAAUUGCCUUACAGGAGGAACAUAAAGGCCUAGAUGACGGUAUCAAGACUGUGCUGAGGACAAUGUUGAACCUCACAGAAGUUGUCUCUACCAAGCUAGCUCUUCAAAACAGGUGUACACAAGAUAUUGAAGAGAAGAACAACAUAACGCGCCACCUGCUGGAGAAACUGGAGCAAGCGGCCAGUGUCAACCACGCCCUGGAAGCAGAGAAUAGACAGCUUAAGGAGGACAUGGCUGAAUUAAGAGAGGAAAACUCUCUGGUAAAGAGGAACAACACUUUUCUGAGGGAGGAAAACACGUCGGUGAUGAAGGCAAACACUCAGGAAAAGAAGGACAACGCACUCCUGCGGGAGGAAAACACCCAACAGUGGGAGAAGAAUCUUCGCUUGAUGAAGGAAAACAAUCGACUAAUGGAUGAAAUUUCUCUCCUGAGGGAAGACAAUACUCAAGUGAGAGAGGAGAGCACUCAAGUCAUAAAGAACAACACUCUAUUGAUGGGGGAAAACGAUCUGGUGAGAGAGAACAAUACUCGCCUGGCGGAGGAAAACACUCAGGUAAUUGAGACCAACGCUCGACUGACAGAAGAAAACAGUAAACUGAGGCAGGACAACACCCGCCUGACUGAGGAAAACACUCGCGUAUUGGAAGAAAACAUCAACUUGAAGGCAGCCAUCGAACUGGUUGAGGGGGAAAAUAGUAAGAUGAACAGCAGCUUGCAAAUAACAGAGGAGGAAAAUAGACGAUUGAGUUCGGCAACUCGGGAGGCGAAGGAGGAGUCAAGGUUGACGAAGGAGAGGAACCGAGACCUGGAACAUGCAGUGACAGAAGCCAAAGAAGAGAGGAAGAUGACAGCAUCAAGAACCGUUGAACUAGAAAGGCAGAACCUCCUGUGUAAACAAGAAAAAAGCAGGACACAAGAAUCAAACACGUUCAUUGAAGAGCAACUCUCAAGAACAGAAGAUGAAAUCAACUUGUUGCGAGAAACAAACGCAGCUCUUCAAGAAGAGAAAGAAAGAAAUGAGCAGCGAAUAAGGAGUAUUGAAGAAGAGAAGCAGCAAAUUUUCACACAGAACAGUCUGAUGGAACAGGAAAACCAGCAGCUGAAGAGUAAUAUUACCAACCUUUCCGUAAGGGUGGUGACUGCCAGAGACUGUGCGGAACUAUACUGCCGGGGAGCACGAACGGACGGUGUGUACCUAAUCAAACCAGCCAGGUAAUGUCAGGUCAAUCAGGUUGUGUAUGGCUAAGCCAGGUCAUACUGUGUCAGGUCUAUGUAAUGAUGACUUAUCUAGGUUACACCACGUCAGGUCAACCAGGUGUUGUACGAUUAUGGAAACGGAACACCGUACCGACAAGUGGAUCGAGAUUGAUGAGUGAAACAUGUGCCUACACAGUAGACCUCUUCAGUCGAAUACAGAGGCGGCGGCAGAAGCAGUAGAGACGUCGUUUUGAGGUGGUC